UUGCUGAACCACAAAGACAUAGAAUCAAAGUGCUUCUUUUGGACAUACUGGCUUUUCUUACGUUCUUGUUUUCUUUUCUCUCUUUUAUUUCUUGUGGAUAUUAUGGCUAAUAACACAACAAGUUUAGAGAGUCCAUGGCCAGAAAACUUUUGGGAGGAUCUUAUAACGUCCUUCACAGUGUCCAUGGCCAUUGGGCUUGUAAUCGGAGGGUUUAUUUGGGCUCUGCUCGUUUGUUUGUCUCGACGAAGAGCCAGUGCCCGCAUCUCGCACUGGAGCUCCAGUCGGCGAUCGAGGUCUUCCUACACCCACGGCCUCAACAGGACUGGGUUUUACCGCCACAGUGGCUAUGAACGUCGAAGCAACCUCAGCCUGGCCAGCCUCACUUUCCAGCGACAGGCAUCCCUGGAGCUAGGAAAUUCCUUUCCAAGGAAGUCAAGCUUCAGGGCUUCAACUUUUCAUCCGUUUCUGCAAAGCCCCCCACUUCCCAUGGAAACUGACAGUCAUGUGAUGACUCUGCCUUCUUCCAGCACCUCUCCCAGCGGCAACACUGCCCACGGCCUGGGCCGCCCUGAGUUCCACUGGUCCAGCAGCAGUCUCCCGGCGGGCCUUUCACCUCCGCCCCCACCUACCUAUGAGUCCAUCAUAAAGGCAUUCCCAGACUUCUGAGGAAGGUGUUUUGGUUGUUCAUUUGUUUCUUUCUUUCUUUGUCUUUUCUUGAAAGGAAGUCAUAAACAGACUCAACAGUUUUGAGGAAACAGCCCAAACAACUGAUGAGCUUCCCAAACUGAAAAACGCUCAUGCAACUUGGACGCUACUACAUACAUUUUCUCUGUAUUUUUCCUGGUCUCACAAAGAGGUAGUAUUUUUCCAAAUAGUUAUAUAUUUAUGUAUUUUGUUUUCAAUGUGAGGGUUAUUAAAGGUAGUGAUUCUUAUCUAA